AUGCCUAUGCGCUGGACUCCCGAAAAUGAUCAGCUACUCUUGCUGAAGAUCCUUGAAACCCAUGACCUCUCCGUUGAUACAAACAAGGUUGCUGCAGCUUGGCCUGGCACUGAUGAUAAUGAGAAGCCUACACCCCGUGCCAUCAGAGAACGCCUCGUCAAAAUGCGCCAAAUCGUAAAGGCUUCUGGCAGCGGUGGUUUCACCAUUGGCGGCAGCGAGACCUCCACACCUAAGAAGGCCAAAAAGACCGCUACUCCCGUCAAGACCCCCGGUUCCAAGCGGAAGCGCGGUGGAAAAGCCGGUACCAUUGCUGAUGCUAACGAGAACACCACCCCUCUUAAAAACGAGGAGAAUGCAAUCAGCCCAGUCAAGAUGGAAACUGCUGAGGACGAGAUUGACACGCCUACUAAGAAGAAGCCGCUCCAGCCCACUCUUUCAGGAAACCAGGCCCAGGUCCAAAGUGGCUUCGUGAAGACCGAGGGAUCUGAUGAAGCCGUCUUUGGUAUUCUGGGCACUCCUACUAAGCGUUCCCGCAAGGCGAGCGUUCUUCCUGCUGGUAUGGUUAACUACGAGGGUGACGAGCAGGGAGAAGAUGAUCCCGAGAGCUCUGCUUCUGAGUUCCUGCCCGAUGAGGCGGGUGUGAAAAUGGAAGACAUGGAUAUGGCGAACUUUGCUUGA